AUGUCCGACGAGGAGGAUGACGCGUAUGGCUCUGGGAAGACGAGGCGCGCAGUGCACCGCAGAGAGCAACGGGCGUGCGAUACCUGUCGAAAGCGGAGACGAGCUUGUAAGGCCUAUUCAUGGAUUUCUCGGACGCCGGUUCACGAGAAUGUUUGCUCAGGCAAUGGUACCCGCUUUCCGGUGAAGAUAUCUAAACGGCGAACGUACGUGCAAGCACUGGAAGACCGUGUGAAGGAUGCCGAGAUGAAAGUUGAGCAGAUUGCGCCACCGGCGGUGAAACCCAGCGAGCCGAACAAGAGUCCAAAAUACGGUACUCUGUCACUACCCCCCGAUUCUGACGUGUCAUUCCGCAGACCUGGGCCUGGUGUCGAGUUGGCCGCGUUGUCAAUUCGCGCGAUGAAUGUUGCUGCGCCAACGGCCCAAGACACGGAAUAUCUCGAGCUCAUCCAGGGGCUAACGGUGCUGUCUUUGAGCAAUCACCAGGACCACUUUCAUGGCGAAGGAAGUAGUGCCAUGGUAGUCAAAUCCGCGGUCGACCUACGAGAACGAUACGAAGAGAAAGACUUGGUCUGGGCGGCGAGGAGGGAGAAAUACUGGGUUUUUACACCGACAACAGACAAAAUCAAGCAUAUUGGCCCUUACGUCUUUCCUCCACCAGAACUUCUCGCCUCCCUCGUCGACCUCUACUUCCUACACAAGAACCACUUCCUUCCGCUGCUUCAUCGGCCUACGUUUGAGACGGGGCUUGCUCAGGGUCUCCAUUUACGAGAUCGUGUAUUCGGAGGCAUAGUUUUGCUUGUUUGCGGGAUCGGCUCGCGGUUCUCGGCUGACCCGCGUGUUACGCCGCUUGGAAUGGACGAGCUCCUGUGUGGCUACCAGUUUUUCCACCAGAUACAGCUGGGUAUCGACCAUAUGUUUGGUGGCCCGACCAUCCAUCACGUCCAGCUCUACUGCUUGUUUGUUACUUUUUGCGAGUAUGCAAAUCCGUCGUCGUGCUGGACUAUCGUAGGCACUGCAAUUCGAAUGCUUCAAGAUGUCGGUGCACAUCGCAGGCCGAGGAUACCUACCUCGCCGACAGUCGAAUCCGAACUUUGGAAACGAGCAUUCUGGAUCUGUCUCAUCCUCGACAGACAGCUCAGCAUUGGUGUCGGGCGACCUAGCAUGAUACCUUGGGAAGAUUUCGACGCCGAGCUGCCUUUAGAGGUAGACGACGAAUUUUGGGAGGACCCCGUCGAGCCUUUUGUCCAGCCUCCCCAUCAGGGCCCAUCUACGAUUGCCUUUUUCAACGCCAAUAUCAGGCUUAACCUCAUUUUGGGUUUUGCUAUUGGGAUGCUGUAUGCGUUAGAUAAAGUCCGAAAACGAUUGGCAUUUCGGGAUUCUCAAUGGGAAGAGCGUAUUGUGGCGGAACUCGAUUCGUCAUUGAAUGAAUGGGUUGCAAGGAUUCCGCUGCAUCUCCGAUGGGAUGCGACAAAGCAGUCCAAACCUAUUUCCUCGCUGUCCGCCCGUGCAGAGCUGUUUCUCGACCAGAGUGCUGUCCUCUACGCGCACUACUACUUUACGCAAGUCACAAUACAUCGGCCGUUUAUUCCCCAACUGCGCAAAGGGUCGCCCACCGGCGCCCCUUCUUUGGCCGUCUGUACUAAUGCGGCUAGGUCUCUUGCACACGUUAUCCGCAAGAUCCAUGGUCGAAAAAGCGGGGCAGCUGAUGCGAGACCGCCGUUUCCCGGCGCCUUGAUGCCAGCUUUUAUGGCGAGUAUCAUACUUACCCUCAAUGUCUGGAGCGGAAAGCGGACCGGCUUGCCGCCGCACAUGAACACUGCUACAGAGGAGGUCAAGGCUUGUAUGGCGUAUCUGAAGAGCUGUGAGAAGCGCUGGCAAGGCGCUGGACUGUUCUGGGACGUUCUUUCGGAGCUCUGCACUUUCUCCAGUGUGCCGGUCCCAGUGUCUCCUCCGCCGCUUACACCCACGACAACCACGGGAAAGGUUAAGAAGCGGACAAGAUUGUCGCAAUCCCCGACUGCCGCCCCCGCCGCAGCGGUGUUGGUCCCUCAAUUUUCCGUCUCCGCCGAGAGACAUGGAUAUGCCCCGCCGGAGGAGACGUCUUCAGAGUGGGCACCAUCCAGGCCAAAGCCUAUGUGGCCCUUCAAAGGCAGCCGUGAAGAGGCAGCAGACUCACCGGCUAUGCCUUCGACAUCAUCUGCUGUCCCUUCCCAAGUAUCAGAGCCAGAUUUGCAGACGAGUACCGUGGAGCUAGCACAAAUGCCAAUAUUUCAGCGUUACUCAUCGGUAUCUGGCGCUGGCGAAGAUAUUGGUGCUGCGAAGGGGUCAGACUCUACAAUGCUCGAUGCAGCGACGGUGGAUGUCUUGGCGGGUAUGCCGACGACCUUUGGCGGGAUGGAAGAUUGGUACACCUACUUUGCUAGCGUUUCCCAGGCGGAAGAGCAAGCGUGGAGACCGCCUUGA